UUUGGUCUGCAAAAUAAUUGCAAUUUUAGGAUGGUUCGACAAAAACCGCGUGAAAGAUAACUUUCGGUGUCGAAUAUUUUGUUCUAACAAAGCAGGUCAGGUUACGGAUAACACUCUCUUCAUGAUAUUUUAGGAAUAAAAGUGUUAUAUUGCAAUCCGUCGGAACUAACAGUGAAUUUAAACAGGUGCGCACCGGGCACUUCAGGAUUUUUGCCUGGAAACGUAUAAACUUCCGGGUCAUUCAUGAUGGCUUCUUCUUGCCAAGUGAUCAAAGUAGAACUUGAACAAACUUUCUGGGAGGCAGAUCCACUGUGGAUUGGGAUUGCCUUCUUGAUUGGAUGUAUUAUUGGAUUACUAUUCGCCCUCCCAUGCAUCCGUUGUUGUAUCCGGGACUAUUUCAGAAAGAGGCAACCCUUAACGUCAAAAUGCCCUGAAAAGGGCGAGUUCAAGCGAGAUGCGGAGGAGAUGAGAGCUGAUGAAGAGAGGAGAGAACAAAAAGAAAGAACAGUAUUCACCAUCACACAAACCACCACCGUUGAGCACAAAAUUACUGGCACCUUCAUUACGCAGAAAGGAUUAGUUUCGCCUGAAGAUGAGAAAUCCUCAAAACGGAAACUUUCUCGAAAACAAUCAAAGAAGGGUGGCAAGAAAGAUGAUUGGGUCCAUCUGACGGAUUUUGGCGUUCACCCUGAAGAAUUGAUUGGUGUGAGCGGAGAACCAUUUGGAAAACAUGGUCUCUCAGAUGCCCUCAUCAAGCCUAAUGGGGAUGCAAUGGAUUUGGAGUUGAACAAUCAAGACUUUGACUUCCUUCUUUAUUUGGAGAAAGAAUUACGCGAUGGCAGAAUUACUACUUUCAACCAACUUGUCAAAAUGCUUCUCAAUCACCUUUUUCAAAAUGGCCAAAUUUCACCAGAAUUCUACAAAACGUUUUCAAAUGAAGUCCGACAAGCCCUUAUCGCGUUACUUAACAUCCUGGCUGAGGAGCAAAGAGCCGCCGAGGAGAAGAUACGAAAUGAUCCAAAAUAUUCAAAUGAUCCUGUUGCCAUGGAGAAAGCCCUAGAAAAACUGCCUUCCAAGUUUGCAUCCAGAUUGAGUCAUUUUCUUAAAGAGGAGCAGGAGACAGUGCGGAACGGAUUACUGAAAGGCUCUGAGUUAUCAGAGGAUGAAGUCAACGAAAUCAUGGCACAGCUCACCGCAGGGAUGGCUGCGUCGGAAAUCAAAUUUUCAGACCAACUUGGUCGGCAGGCGGCAAAUUUCGAAGAACGUCUGAUGCGGCGGAAACAAUUGGCGGCGAUGAGAGCCAAUCAGAAGAAGGAAGAGGUGGCGGAGAUUGACGCGCGGCGGGAAGCAUUGGCGAGCACGCUGCAGCAGUCGGUUGUCGACGGAAAAAUGUCACAGAAACAAAUGGAUGAGAUAUUGAGAGAAUAUAAUGAAAAUUUAGUCAAGGUGCAAGAAAAGCAUGACUUAGAUCUUUAUAGACAACAAGCAAAACUCAACGAAAGAUUGGCGCAACUUCGUAUAAAACGGUUACACGAGAUGCAGGAGAAACAAACAGAGGAAACAGAAGAUCUGUUAACGCGUUCCGACCAAGAGACGAAUACAGGCCAGUUUAUUCAGACGUACAGCCAACUGAAAGCAGCCCAUAGUGAGGAAAAGGAGCGUCUGCUUGAUGAGUUGGACAGCAUGGAGGCUCAUGAGAUGAAUGAACUCGUCAAAAAUGAGGUAGAGAAUCGACGGGAUGCAGUUGAGACCGCUGAUGAAGACAUGAGCAAACAAUUGCAACUCAAGGCUUCCAUGAGCGAGAUGGAUGCUCAACGCAUUUUACGCAUUCAUGAACAGGAAAUGCAGGAGUAUAAUCGUAUCAAAAAGGCCGAGAGAAAGAAGACGCAGCAAGUUAUGGAGGAGAAGUUAGCGCAGCGGAAACGAGCGAUGGAGGACAGCAACAUGAGAAUGCAAAACCAACAGGCAGCUAUCAGAGAACAGCAACAAAAUACACUCAAUAAAGUAUUAGAAGUUCAGCCAGAACUCGAUGAAGAAGCCAAGAGAAAGAUCCUUGUUGAACAUGAGAAGAAUAUGCAAAGUAUAAAUAACCAACUGCACAUAAGUCGUCUCCGGCAGCAAAAGCAAUUAGAAUUAAAACUGAGCGCGAGGAAGGCCAAGUUUGCCGAAAUAAAGGAGGCGAAAGAGCAGAAAAAACGGAUGGCGAAUGAAAAGGAGAGGGAGAAGAUAGAGAAGGAAUUGGAGCAGCAAACGGCAUCAGAAGAGGCGCUUUACAACGACCAACGAAAACGUGCUAUAGAGGAGAUGAGAAUGAGGCUGAAGCAGGAGACAGAGGAGGCACUGAAGGCUCAAGAGGCUACGAUGGGGCUACUGAUCGGGCGGUUACAGGUUGGUAAAGCAAGAAGAGCUGCAAUUAUUCAAAAACAAGACAAGACGUUACAAGAACUACAGGACCAGAUCAGCGGGAAAGUGAAGAGUAAUAACAUGACGGACCAGUUAUUACAGCAGCAUUACAAUAACGUCAGCUUCCUGAACGACCAGUUACAGUCAAAUAGGGAUCGGCAGGAGCAGAUGCUCAUGGAGAAACUACAGGCAAAGAAACUUAAGAAGGAGAGGGAGAUUGAGACAAAACUAGAGACCCAGGCCUUAAAUGAGAUGGACAAAAACGCUCAAGUCCAGGGAUCAGUGGAUGAUAUCACCUCUUUAAAUGGAUUGGCGAAGGAAAAUCAAGAAUUGGGUGUGACAAAUGCUUCCAACAUUUUGACGCAGCUAAUGAUGGAGAAUCGUCACAAGCAGGCGAUGCAUGACCUGGAACAUGAGAUGGAACUAGAGAUGCAGAAAAACAAGGAUAAUUUGAAUAAAGACUUUGAGACGGAACUACAAUCAGAAUUAGAGAACCAGCGAAAGAGCUUCCUCAUGCAGAUUGCAGCAGUUAGCAACUUGUCGAAAGAAGAAAUCGGCAUGAUUGUUGACAGUGCAGUGAAAGAAAGCGGACAGGAGGGCAAAGCUGCCAAGAAACUUGCUCGCCAUAUGAGGGCAGAAAUCUUGGCGAAUCGACCUGAAACUGGUGGAAGAGAGGAUGACGACAAUGACCCAAUGGAAGCGCCAAGCAGACGUUCCCAAGCAGCCGACGAAGGCUAUGAUAAUGAGGCCUACGAUGAGGAGGAGGAGAGCCCUCUAAGGCGUUCGCAGCGUCCUAGGUCGGGGAAGAAGAAAAAACCACGACCGAUGACCUAUGAGGACGAUGACGAUGAUUUCUAGUUCUGGGAUUUGACAUGCAAUUGGAAGCGCCCUUUCGGAUACCUCAGCUAUAGGAGGUCAUUAAAGACACUGAGUUUUGUCCAGACAGGAAUAUCUAAUUUAACCUCAGUUAUCAAGGAAUGGGUAUAUUUAUCAUAUUAUGAUAUUUAGUAUUAUUACUGUAGGGCAAUCCAUCCAAGUGAAUAUAUUUCUGUCAUUGACAAAAUGUAUAAUUUUUAUUCCUUGAAAUAUUGUUGUGAUUAAGGAUAUGUUCGAUUCAAUAUUGUCAACCAUGACAACUUUCAUACAAAGUGUCAUAUUUCAGAGAAAUAAAAUCAGUGAAAUGACAAAUGUUGAUAUUUCAUUGUGACAAACUGGUUACUGAUGUAAUGAACUCUUCCAGAUUUAUUUUUUUACUCUAUUUUGUACUUAGGCCUAUAUCCAGUCAUGUUUUCGUUCAAACUGUCAGGCACAAAUGAUACAAAAAUCUGGUGCAAACAGCAGGAAUUUCCUUGCAAAUCCUGACACCAUUUCAUGUAUCAUCCCUGAUAUUUGAGGGGACUGUUUAGUGUUUAAUUUUUUAUAGCAAAAAAGUCCUGGAAGGAAGGGAAACUAAUCGCAGCUGAAAUGUAUUCAUUAAGUGAUCCAAUCUUCCCAAGUCAUUGUAUUGAGGCUUCUUGCAGUAGUAAGGUAGUGGAUCAUAAUAUGGAACAGUCACAUCAGUUAUUGUAAAAAUUGCCAGCUGGCAGACAGCAGUUGUCAUAUCAUGUAUCGUAUCUCGGUAUAUCGAGUUCAGCCAUCCAGGAGUAAGAAAAAGAGCCAAAAAAGGGGUUGAAAUUAGUUUAGCAGUCGCUUCACCAAUCAGAGGCUUAUGGGGUGCAGUUGUCAUGGCAUAUUGGCAACAUAAAAACGUUGUUCAGAUUUUGAUGGGAGGGCUUAAAUGGUAUAAUGUACCGUAUGUGAUGUGGUUCCACUGUUCUGACAACAACCCUGAACCUUUGCUUAGAUUAAACAGAGGACCCAUAUUGUUUAUUUGUCUACUCACAGAGGUAUUGUUUUCUAAUUAUUUAUUGUUAAAGAACAAGAAAUGAUAUUAUAAAUAAAGAAAUAGAACUGACUAUAA